UCCCCCUCCCAGAUUCACUGACACACCUUCUGUGCAAAAACGCAACUCUCCUUAUCUCUCUUCCCCUGUCGAUCUCGCUGUCUCUCUCGCGACUGUGCUCACAUUCUCAUGUCUGAGUUGGAGGAUAGCAGUCUGUUUCCUGACACGCCGAGACUUCGCUCCAAGACUCAACUCUGCCAGCAACACCUAAAGAUUCCUCGGAGAGGAUGGCACAUACAGAUGAUGACUUAAUUGGGAUCCCUUUCCCAAACCAUAGCAACGACAUCCUGUGCAGUCUAAAUGAGCAACGACGGGAUGGGUUGUUUUGUGAUGUCAUCCUAGUCGUCAGAGACCAAGAGUACAGUACCCAUCGCUCUGUUCUGGCUGCCUGCAGUCAGUACUUCAAAAAACUCUUCACCGUGGCAACCGGUAACAGCAGAGACUCGAACCAACACACCAUCUAUGAGCUGGACUUUGUGGCACCUGAAUCACUGACGGCCAUUUUGGAGUUCGCAUAUACGUCAACGCUGACAGUAACGACGUCGAACGUCAAAGAGAUUCUGAGCGCAGCGAGGCUGCUAGAAAUUCCUUGCAUCAUAAAUGUUUGUCUAGAAAUUAUGGACACAGGAGGAGGCGGCGAAGGAGGGCAUGUGGUGGAAGGUGAGGAGUUUGAGGGGGAUGAAGAGGAAGACGAGGAGGAGGAUGAAGAGGAAGAAAUGGAGGAGACAGAAAAUUACUCAAAAGAUGGAGAAUUUGAUGACCACGUAGGCGACAACAUCAGCGAAAAAUCUGCACAAGGGGUGGCGUCUGAAAACCAGGACAGCCAAAAAGGUUGGGAAAAGAGGGGAGCGGACAGCCCACCAUGCACCUCUCAACACGGGGUACACCCUGAACGGGACAGCAAAGAUGCCCAAAGAUGCCAGUCGGACACCCCAGAAGCCCAACAUGCUGACAAACCCAGAGGGCAAGAGGGCUUAGAAGGCCGGGCACUUAAGGACUUUUCGAUAGAGUCCCUACUUCAGGAAGGACUGUACCCAAAAGUGCCAGGUCCGGAGAGGGGUGCCGGCUUCUCUCCUCUCAUCCCUGGCUUCUACCCUUCCAUAUGGGCAUCAGAGUUCCCAGGGUACCCUCAGCUUCUGGAGCACCGACACCCUUCUCACACCUUUCCAACCGCCUCGCUGGAAAAUGGCCCACUGGACCUCGCCGUCAAGAAAGAAGUUAUCAAAGAAGAGUUGAAGGACGAGCACUCAAACCCUGUCCUUCACAGAGAUUUCCUCAAAGACUUCAUGAGUCCAGGGUUGGGCGUGACCUCUGACGCUGCCCUCGGUCAGAUCAAGGAUGGUGCGGACCUGCGGUCUUACCUGAGCUUUCUUUCUGCCUCCCACCUGGGCACACUGUUUCCUCCAUGGCAGCUGGAAGAGGAGAGGAAGAUAAAGCCCAAAGCAUCACAGCAGUGUCCGAUCUGUAACAAGGUGAUUCAAGGAGCGGGGAAGCUGCCACGACACAUGCGAACGCACACAGGAGAGAAACCCUACAUGUGUACCAUCUGCGAGGUCCGCUUCACCAGGCAAGACAAGCUGAAGAUUCACAUGCGCAAGCACACCGGUGAGAGGCCGUACAUCUGCCUGCAAUGCAACUCAAAGUUUGUUCACAACUACGACCUGAAGAACCACUUGCGCAUCCACACAGGUGUGCGGCCGUAUCAGUGCGAGCAUUGCUACAAGAGCUUCACACGCUCCGACCACCUGCACCGACACAUCAAACGGCAGAGCUGCCGCGUCUCGCGCCCGCGGCGGGGGCGAAAACCCUCUGCCUGGCGGUCUAAUAACUUCCUCUUCCCUUCAGACCCCAACCCCCUCCAAGGGGACAGGACCAUGCGGCUGCCUGCUGCCGGUGCACCCUUGCUGGCUCGGUUAGCUCCAGGCGGGCGGGCGCUGGAGGACGUAGAUUGCAGCAGCAACAACAGCCGCGAGAGCCUGACGGACAGGAAGCUCAUCUUAGAGGAUGUGGACAGGAAACGAGGGGUGUUCGCUUUCGCAGUGGCAACGGAGGCCGUUCUGCCUCACCCACCCUUCUAUUCCGCGACCUCUGACCCCUGGGCCGUGAGACUGGAACGAGCUCCGCCCAUUCCUGAGGCCGCAAAGUGACUUUUCCGUUAAAACCUAAAAGUCUGUGUCUGCCUCACCUGAAACAGCUGCUCGCUUCAGACGCAACAAAGACAAUUCUUUCUCAGACAAACUUUCUCAGACAGGGUUCAGAAAAUAAGAGGCUUUUGCAUUUUUAAUGUCAGCUUCCAAUGGGAUGACAAGGAUUUUAAAUACUUUUUAAAAGAUUGGAUGUGUAUGUGUUGAAUAGUUUUUUGAUGCUUCAGUGUUUGCUAACAGAAAGUGAGAUAUGUUCAGUGCAGUCUGUAUGUGAAAAAUUCAUGCAAAAAUUUAGACAAUCAGGUAAUAAAGAAAAUAAGCCCUGCUGAAAUAAGUUCAAAGCUUUUAUGCAUUGUAUCUAAUGACUUUUUUUUUCUAAUUGAACAGUUUUGAGUGAAGGCGUUUCAGAAAUAUAAAAUGUAAAAAAAAAAUUACAAACUUUACACAUUGUACAUUCACUAUGCAAAAUAUAAUAAGUGAUAACAUUUUAAGAAUGAGCACAGAAAACGGAACAAUUUGAAAAGAAAAAAAAAUCUCAGGAUCGAACAGUUUUUUUUAAUUAAACUCUUUUUUUUUUCUUUUUUUUUUUUACGGCCAAAUGUAAAUAAUUAUCUGUAAUAAGAUGUCAAAUCAAUCUGCUGUAAAAAAAAAAAAAAAAAAAAGGAAGCUAUUUUACACAUAAUUACUUUCAUGAUUGAAAUCAUUUCACUCUUGGAUCAGCAUCUCAAAUCAACUAAUUCUUUUGUCUGCAUCAUUUAAAAAUGAUUUGUAGAGAUGUUAUACAAAAUGUUACAGUGAAAUUGUUCAUUGUUUUAAGCAUUUCUAUAAUGCACAUGGUAAAACAUCCAAAGAUGUGUUGUUGGAGUCAAACUUGAAAUGCUUUUUGAAAUCCAACUUUAUCUCUUUUUUUUAUUCACAUCUGUAUUAUCACUUUAAUUUGUCUUGGAGGUUCUUGUCACGUACAGGAAAUUAAAACGGGGGGUAAAAACGUCCACCACUUUGAUAUUAAGUUUUCUCAUUUUAUCUGAAUGGCUAUUGUAAUUCAGCAAUUGUUUAAACUGAAACAAGAACAUAUUUUCAUGAUAUUUAUGCAUAUUUAAAUCAGCUUUGGCUAUAUUUUACUAAGAUGUUUUAUAAAGACACUAACACACUUGUGUUCUGGUUUAUGUGAGAGGGGCGUGUUUUUAAAGAGAGAAUGUGUCUCAAUGCAGUUUACGAUAUCUGAUGUCAAUCCCUCCGAAUUCAAAAUAAUUCAGUAAUCAAGUGGUAUUUAAGAGAAACUGUAUUUUCAGACUUAUUUUUUUGUUUAAACAUGAACAGUUAGCAUUUUUACUUUGAAAACACCCACAAACAAAAUAUCAGUCGAACAAUUUUCUAACAACACAAGAGGAAAUGUACAAAUAUUGCAAAUAAUAAUUCACUGAAAAGGCUGAAAAUAUUAGAUAAAUAUUUCUGCACUUUUUUUUUUUUCUUGGUGUGCAAAAUGCAAAGACAUGUUUCAAUAGCCAUGUACAAUGGAGGUGCUUAAAGAUUUGUAUUUAAAUGAAGCCCUUCUGUGGCUACUGGUGGGAACUUGCACUAUUUGUUUGAUGAUGUUUUAAUAUUGGUAACGAUAUAUUAAUAUUUCUUAAAAACAUAAAAAAAAAAAAUGUAACGUACAUGUCUGAGAUAUGCACUUUACUCUUUACACAAGAACAAUUUCAGUGAAAGUCAUUUUUAUAAAUGUGUGUGCUAUUUGUAUAUUAGUUAAUCCCCGGUAAACAGAAUCAAAUUAAUUCAAGGACUGGAAUAGAAUUAAAAAAAAGCUUUUUUCUCAAGAACAA